AUGCUCGCCCAGGUCCCUCUCAGAACCGACCGGGGCUAUCCCACAAAGCUCCAGGACACUGACGAGGCGCCGGUCAAUGCGGCUCUGAUCUUCCUACUCCACCAAAUAACCGAAGUUGCUAGAGGUUCUACAGCCCUAUGGCGCCACCCAAGGGUGCAUUUCGAGGCUAUAUUCGGGACUUUUCCUGGAGGUGCCGGAAGAAGCAUCGUGGCCAUCACCGAUGGUCAACUACAGUCCACAACGACACAUGAGGUCAAGGUUGUUGUCGAGUGCAAAAGCGCCAAGAUGUCCCCCAGAGCAGCAGGGUAA